UGUUCAUGCACAGAGAUAUAGAAGUCUAUAGUCACAAUGACCAUGACUUGAAAUAAAGAUCUUCAUUGUUACAUGCAACCAAAAAUGGAUCAUAAUUCGAUUCAGUCUUUUAAAUUACUUGAUUGUAUGUGUAGCGAGGUAAAGAUAUAUCCCUUUAAAACAUGUGACCCUCACCCCUCCCCCCUCUCUCUCUCUCUCUCUCUCUCCUACUUCAUCAUCCUUCUUCCUACUUGAGGUCAGCGAACUGCAGUGAAAUGAUACCUGGUUAUUCUCCACUUGUCCAAAUAUCUCAAGAAUAAGAUGUUUGUAGAGAAUGGGAAUGCCCCUUAUUUUAUUGGAGUUGAGGUCAAUUCACAUGAAUGAGUCCUUGAAUGGAAUGUCAGGAUUAAAUCUGUUCACUUAGAAAAAUACAUGUUUAUCCAAUUCGUCCAAGUCACCUCCCCGUCAAGUUCCAGUUCCUCCAAGUCACGUCCAGUUUCGUUCCCGUCAAGUUCCAGUUUCGUCCAAGUCAAGUCCAGGUUCCUUCAAGUCACGUCCUGUUUCGUCUGAGUCGCAUCCCGUCCCAAGCUCAAGUCCGCAAUCAAAAUAUAAGCGAAGAUAAGUGGCCAUCAUUUAUAAUAUCAUUUCCCAUAACAUUUCCGUUCCUUUCCCCUGCAGACCGCGCAAUUAAUUGAAUAAUAAAUAAGUCGCCCCUUAGCUCUAAAGAAUAACUCGCAAUUAUAUUUAUUGCAACUGUUGUUAUUGACAUUUAUAUACAUUUAUAUACAAUUUGUAUUAUUUUUAUCAUCCUGAUUGGAUGAAGGAGAUUUGUAAUUCAUAUUAAUUAAAUUGUUGCCAAGUGACAUCUUAAUUUAAAUCAUGUCCAAUUGUCCAUGCACUUUAAAAAAAAAAAAAAUCUAUAUUUUAAUGAUAUAAUUUCGUACACUGAAACAGUUGUCUAUUUUAACUAACUCCUCCCCCGAGUGGAAGUCAUUUGAGCUAGCAGACCUAUACAGAAACCUUAUUCCACUCCGAACUUGAAUCUGUUAUUUCCUUAUGAUAGAAGAUGGCAUGGGGUGGGCAUAAGAUAUGCAUAAUUCAAUUUGAAAAAUGCUGUAUAAUUAAUCCAGAGAUGCCAAGUUGAAAGGUCGUGUCGUGCGUGAGAGCGUUUUUCAGACCAUCGAAAUGCGGGACACUUGGUAGCUCUGUUAAUCAAAUAUCCUCUGUAUUUCCUUUAUUUAUUCUUCUUCAGAGCUUUUAUAGCAUGGGAAGAGGGCAUACCAAUAGAUCCGACCAAAGAACAGGCCCAGAGGUCUAACCUGGAGGAGUAUAGAGCCAAGCUGAAGAUUGAAGAUGUUGUUCUGCCAGAUCCUUUCACCAUCAAUGGCUGGCUGGAUGAAUCUGCAAUGUGCCGAUGGCCAAAGCUGUAUUUUACAGACAUUUCCGAAUACCUAAGGUUAAAAACACCUCAGGAGCUGUAUUACAGACUCUGCAAUGAGUAUAAACAGGGAAAAGCUUACAGAUAUUUCACCUCUGGAUGGGUCAAGAAGAUCUGCUACCAUUCAAUAAGCACAACCUCUAAAAUCUGCUUCCUAACAGCAAAAGUGUCAGCCUCCAUGAGAACAUCAAUGCCUCCCUAUCAGGUAUGGGCGGCUAUUGAGAAAGAUACCCCAAGUUUUGCUGGUGGGAGAAUUUUCAGUGCAUAUUGCACUUGUACAGCAGGGCUUCAUGGUUCAUGUAACCACAUUGCAGGACUCCUAUUCAGAGUUGAAUGCGCUGUACGCACAGGUAUGACAAGCUGCACUUCCCAGGCAUGUACAUGGAAUGUGCCAAGGGAUAUGAAGUCCAUCUCAAAACCAACCCCUCUGAAGGACCUUGUUUGGAAGAAAGAUCAGUAUUUCAAUCAAGAUGGUGAUGACACCUUUGCCCAGUCUGUUAAGGUAUUGGCAACUAAGUUCACACCGAUGACAGCUCCUCAAAAAGAAUAUAUCGACAGUGAUCAAUCCACCACAGACUUGUCCUCAAAACUACGCAGUAUCAAUCCAAACUGCUGCUUCAUGCAACUGUACGAUGGUAAGCCCUUUCCUUCAAAAAAAAAAUUAGAAUGUCCCAAAACUCCGCAAAAGCUAGCAGAUGAGGUAAAGACCUCUGUUGAAGACCCUGAAACAGCAGUGGAAAAUCUAUUAACAGCAAUGAAGGUAGACAAGUCAAAGAUAGAAGCCAUAUGCCGUGCGACAGCUGAUCAAAGGGACUCCAACAUGUGGUUUCAACAGCGCAAGGGGCGCAUUACCUCUAGCAAUAUUCACAGGGUACAUACUCGGGUUAAAACCCUCAAAAAAGAUCCUUCCCAAUCAGUUAAAUCACUCUUAUCAGCACUACUAGACAAUUCAGGUACAAUCAAAACUGUUGCCAUGAAGCAUGGUAUUGCUCUCGAGCCGCACGCAAAAAUUGUGUACUCUAAACAAAUGCGCAAGAAACACAAGGUAUUUACUGUAAAGGACACAGGCCUUCAUGUGUGCAAAGAUAAACCAUUCCUUGCUGCAUCACCGGAUCUUUUGAUUUCAUGUAAGUGUCAUGGUAAAGGCCUGUGUGAGAUUAAGUGUCCGUAUCUCAAAGAAGCCCCUUCACCAGACAAUUGGCCCCACUUGAAAUAUAUUAAUGGAUGUACUAAAUUGUCUUCAGAAUCUACAUACUUUUUUCAGGUUCAGUCCCAAAUGGGCAUUGUGGGAGCAGAGUUUUGUGAUUUUUUUGUUUACACUCCCUGUGGUUUUCAUUUGGAGAGAGUUUUAUUCGAUUCAGUGCUGUUUGCAGAAAUGGCUGCAAAUGCUGAAUACUUUUGGCGCAGACAUUUAUGUCCUGUUUUACUACAAGGGUCCUUGCAGAAUCGAGACCACACUGAUCAUUCGUAUGCUAUGAUAAGCCAUGUUCAGCACAGUUCCAUUUCUCAUACGGACUGUGUACCGAGUACUUCGAAAGUUACUGCAAUGCGCAAGUCCAAAUUGCCCCAUGUGUUUCUUUGUGGAGUUUGCGGCCUAGAUGUCCUUAAAAAUCCUCUCAAAGAUUUUGACAAUGGCCUGAAAUGCGUAGUUUGCCAGGUUUCUCAUCACAUGGUAUGUGUUGGGCUUAGAGAAAGUGAUGUUCUAAGAGAAACUGGUAAGUGGAUAUGCGAUAACUGUGUAUAAUUAAUAAUGAUCUAUCAAAUGAAUUCUGGGCCUUAUUUGGUUUUGGUGCAAUAUAUAAUGCUAAUAAUCUGACAAAUGAAUUCUGGGCCUUAUUUGGUUUUGGUGCAAUAUAUAAUGCUAAUAAUCUGACAAAUGAAUUGUGGGCCUAUUUUGUGUUAGUGCAAUAUAUAAUGCUGUUUAGUUGAAACCAUUAAUUGCCUUGAAACUGUGUUGAACAUGGCUUAUUAUAGCAUAUAUUUUCUGCAUACAUUUUAUUUCAAUAUUCUCUGGUAAAAAUGUAUAGUCUAAUAUUUGAAUUAAACCAACUUUGAAAUAUAACAAGUAGAUUGCUGCUCUAUUUUAUUGUUUACAAAAGUUCUUUUGAUUAAGCUACGAUUAAUUGACUUGAAUAUAUUAUAUUGUCAUUUUUCGUUACAGCGGUUUGGUAGUUACUUAAACAACUGCAUGUAAUAUACUUGUGUAAACAGGAUUCAUUCUAAUUCACAAAAGAUGCAAUGUGGAAUACUGCGGGGGUCAAUAUUGGCCCAUUGUUAUUUGUUAUUAAUCAAUGAUCUGCAUUCAUGUCUGAAUACAUGUAAGACAUCAUUAUAAUUAUGCUGAUGAUGCACGUCUCUAAACAUGAAAAAUGUGACUUGCUUUUUAUUGGAACAAAGAAAAGGCUAAAAAGAAAUUAUAGUACCAGAUGUUUUUAUACAAAAUGUUCCACUCAAAUGUGUAACCCACUGUAAGUGUCUUGGAAUAGUUAUUGAUGAACAUUUGGAUUGGUGUAAACAUAUUGAAUAUUUAAGUAAGACGGUGUUAGUAAAAAGAUAUAAUUUUGUUGAUUUAAACCAUAUGUUACACAGAAAAUUGCACUAAUGUGUUAGAAAUCAGUAAUUCAAUGAGUGGGUGCAAUACCAGGAAAUGGAAGUUUAUAAAGUUUGCAAAAACUGCAGAAUAGGGCACUUUGUGUGGUACUUCAUGUUGGAUGGAGGUUCCGUAGCCUAGAUUCAUUUUUUUUUGUUAGAAAACAGAAAAAUAUAUCAGAACAGAGAGAUAAAUGUUCACGAUUAUGUAUUUUGUAUAAAACUGUUCAUGAAAUUUUUUUAAAUAAGGAAUAUUGUUAUUAUAGCUUGAGAAAUGCUCAUAAUACUGCCCAAACCCCAUAUGAAUUUCAAGAAAUGGAGCUUAUGUUAUAGAGGCAGCAAAUCUUGGAAUCAGCUACCUAUGAACGAACGAAUAUGUCAUUCUCUGUAUUCAAAUUAAGGGUAAUAUAAAUAUUUACUUUAUGAAAAACAAUUUCACUGUCAAGAGUUUUAUAAUAUUUUAAAUGACAGAUAGUAUUCAUAUUUUGUAUGUUUAAAUAUUUAUUUAUAGAACAAAACAAUAUAUCUUUCUCUGUAUUCAUAUCACGGGAAAUAUAAAUAGUAACUUUAUAAAAUGAAUUUUACUGUUUGAGUUUUACAAUAUUCAUAUAUUUUGUACUCUUGAAUAUAUAACUAUAACAAAUUUAACAAAUGCAGAUUGGAAAUAAUAAUCGCUGAAAGGGGGGGGGGGGGUGGAAGCAUGGACUUCGUAGUAGACUCAUGGUGGAAGUAUCUUGGUUUAUACAUUUUCUUUUUUUAUACUUAUUUAGUCUUUGUUUGUUUUUAUUAUUUAUAUGUUGUGAGUUAUCUCAUAAUUGUUCUUAUUUUUUUUGCAGAAGAAAAGCCUUUGGCUGAAGUUGGUGCCAUGCCAAAAUAAACUGAACUGAACUGAACAAGUUCUUUGUUAUCAAAAUGUAUUGUAUUUCUAUAGUCUAUUGUUCAAUGAACUUUUGAAUGAACGUAUUGUAAUUACUCUAAAGGGAAUUGUAAGAUAAUUUCUGAUUAGUCCAUAAUAAUUUUAUAAUCAUUCUGAAAUUGUUUAGGAGUUUCUUUAUUUUCACUUACGGUAGUCAAUGAUCCAAAAUCUAAGAUUUACUAGUAAUAAUCCUGACUAAAGAACUAAACUAAAACUUGUACCUGAAAGUAACUAUCUGGAAAAUUACUAUGUGACGACACAGAAAAAACACACCCUGUUUUACGGGCCCUACUGACCCAGAUUUUGCAUUUUGGGCUGAAAUUAUGUGAAAUUGAACAUGAUUUUAUUUUUUAAAUUGAAUCAAAUUUGGUUUCAUAUUUUCUCCCGAUUUUUGUGACAUUUACAUGUAUAGGGAUCAGCAAAACAGGGUUGUUGUUUUUUCGUUGUCUAAACAUUGAAGCAAUAAAAACACACAAUAGAACCGGAA